GUGGUAAACAUUUAACAAUUUAAAUCCAUACAACAACAAUAUAUGAUAUAAAUGUUUUGAAAUUAUAGAUAUUUUAGUGAAUUAAAGUUUGAAAAGAAUGAAACGACAAAAUGUUCGUACCCUGUCUUUGGUUGUUUGCACCUUUACCUAUUUACUUAUUGGAGCAGCAGUUUUCGAUGCGUUGGAGUCUGACACAGAGAGUAAAAGAUGGGAAGUUUUAUCGGACAUGAAGAAUGGUUUAGUACGAAAAUACAAUAUUACACCAGAAGACUAUCAUAUGAUAGAAAUAGUGAUUAUAGAGAAUAAGCCACACAAAGCUGGUCCUCAGUGGAAGUUUGCUGGUGCAUUCUACUUUGCAACUGUUGUACUAGCCAUGAUUGGGUAUGGCCAUUCUACUCCAGUCACUGUCGGAGGCAAAGCUUUUUGUAUGGCAUAUGCUAUGGUGGGUAUACCCCUGGGUCUAGUUAUGUUCCAAAGUAUUGGUGAGCGUCUUAACAAAUUUGCGUCAGUGGUUAUACGGCGAGCUAAGUGUUAUUUGCGAUGUAACACAACUGAGGCUACGGAAAUGAAUCUUAUGUUUGCCACUGGAAUGUUGUCUUCUAUUAUAAUUACAACAGGUGCAGCAGUGUUUUCAAGAUAUGAAGGAUGGAGCUAUUUUGACAGCUUCUACUACUGCUUUGUCACUCUUACCACUAUAGGAUUUGGAGAUUAUGUUGCUUUACAGAAUGAUCAAGCCCUCACCAGUAAGCCAGGAUAUGUAGCGCUGAGUUUGGUUUUUAUUCUUUUUGGAUUGGCUGUGGUUGCUGCUAGCAUCAACUUGUUGGUUCUACGCUUUAUGACUAUGCAAGCUGAAGAAAGCGCUCGUGACGAAGACAAGGAUGGAUCGAAGACGUUGCUACCAAUAGAUGGUCAUCUUAUUACUACCCAACAGAGAUCCCAUGAUGACCAGGCUUCAGUUUGCUCAUGCAACUGUUUGGGAAACAAAACUUGGGAGAGUGGCGCCCUCCUACCGCCCGUCCCAUCUCAUCAUGAAUUUCUCGACCAUUCCCUGUGCACAGAGCUGAUAGAACGAGCUUCUAUUUAAAAUAAUUAUCUGUGCCAACAAAUCUUUUAAAUGUCAAAACCACAAACUUUGUGGUGCCAUAGACAAGUAAUUCUCUGGUUGCCAAAACGAACCAAUCGUGUGUUAUGAAUUAAUAAAUUAUUAUUUAUUUUAUUUGUAUUAAAAAUUAAAUUUUAGAUUUAUCUUUUGUACCCACAAAACAUUUUUAAAAGUUUGUGUUUACACCGCCUUCACAGUCAAGUGGUAGAAGUUUAUAUCUUUAUAAUAAAUUCCGACAACUAAGCCGUUCUGGGUUCGAUUCCCUUCAAAACAAAUAUUUCCGAUUUAGUCACUAAACGUAAUGUAAAAUCUAAUUUGUUUAAACAUUAUUAUACUCCAUUAAGAAAAUCUGUAAAAAAUUGCCAAAACAAUAGACUUUACUUCUAUUAGUAUUUAAUCGUGCCAAAUAGUUAAUUAAAAUUCAAUAAAUGUUGAAAAAUU